AUGGGAGGAUCGGGUUUAAAAGGCGCAAAAUUCGAAACCGCGCGGAGAGCAGCACGCGGCCCGUUACCGUGGAGACUGCGAAUAAGCCACCUGCAGCUCAGUGAAACUGAGUCAUGGAGACCACCGCUGGACGGUUUGAAGCACUUGCACAUCCUGAAGCCCCACUACCCCAGUACUCACAUGGCACCUCACACUCCUAGGAAUGAGAGGGUUAAGAGUGCACGCACAGAUCUACACACACCAAGGGGCAGCUGGGAUUCUGGAGGCAGCGGUCAGGAGUCCAUCUGCUUGGAUAGUACACUUGAAACUCCAAAGGAAAACCAUGAGCAAAGCUCAUGUUUUAAUUUGCACAGAUUGGAGAGACCAAAAGACUUGGAAAGAGACUUUAAGAAACCACACUCACUACAAACAGGUUGGUGUGAGACUCCUAAAUUAACCAAAAAGGAUGCUUCGCUGCGCAGACGCCUCCUCAUGUCCAAAUCGGCCACAGAUGGAAAGACUAAUGGCUCUAAAACGCCAGGCUGCAGAGAAUCUGGCACACAUGGCUAUGUGGGCAGCAUGAGCUUUGACUCUCCAGACAUGAGUCCGACAGGACCCCUGUCCUACAGCACUUUAAAAACUGAGGCCAUGGCUUUGUCUUGUAGGAAACGACGACUCUUGUUCUCUCAAGCAAUAACCUCAACUCUUGAAAGUGGAAGGAGUGGAGUGACCAGUCCUGUGCUGCGGGAAGGUGGUUCUCUUUCAGAACCUGACCUUAACGAGAGCAUUAUAUCAGGUCUGCUUGUUCCAGAGAUGCCUGAGACGCCCCAGGGUAGUAACUAUGUCCCGUUGGCAAAGGAAAACUUCCAGACUCCCAUUAACUGCCUGGCAGCAAAUCUUUGUGAGAGUUUGAGUGUCCUAAGCACACCAUCUUGCACUCCGAUUUCAAAGUUAGACGCCUCUGCAUCAGAAGACAGUGGCUUCAGCUCUCUAGGUCUAGAUAAGUCUCAGGAUUACUCCAUAGAUGAAGUCUCUUUCCAGGAUGUGGUGCUGCCAUCGGCAUCCCACAGCAGGGAGAAGAGGCGCUCGCGGCUGGACCGCCAGCGCAGGUUGUCUACGCUGAGGGAGGGCGGCUCCCAGUCAGAAGAGGAGCCCAGAGCCCAGCAGGUGGACACACAGGGCCUGAAGGAUGAAGAAGUUUUCCUGGAGGCAACACCAGUAGGAGCUGCUAGAGUCAAGCUACAGGAUCUGUCCCUCACCCCUGCCCUUCAGAUGGUGCAUGCCAUGAGCCGAUGCAGUAAGCGCAUUCUGUCCCAAAACAACAGCCUGGAAAAGCUGCUUCGGGUCUCGACCCUUGAUGGGUCCAUCAGAACCACCCUGCCCCUCUCUGGCCUCAUUGGCAGGAAGAUGGGCCUGGGUAAGCUGGAUAUCCUCACUGAGCUCAGCAAGAGGAACCUUCACCAUGUGCUGGCCGUCAUCCUUAAGCUGCUAUCCCCACAGGACAUUUACAUAUGUGGCCAGGUGUCUGAUAGCUGGGAUGAAAUUAUCUUGCAAGAUAAAAAGGCAUGCCGCAGGAGGAAGAUGUAUGAGAAGGAGAGGAAGGUAGCACUUGAGAUGGGCAGUGCAGCUCGUGUCCUGGACGCUGAGACCAGGUUGAACCUAGCAUGUCGAUCUGCUCUGAGCAGCGUCCAGGCCCAAGCCAAAACCCCAAGUUCUCUCACACACACUCCUGCAGCCAGAAGGACUCACACCCCCUUACAGCAUCUGACUCCUCAUUCCAGCACCAAACGCCAGGAGUUCCUACAGGUGGCCAAAACCCUGUUCAGUGAUGAGUGCCUGAAGCAGUGUCCACGCUGCCAGCACCCUGCUCGCUGUCAUGCGGUGCGUGGGGAGGGCAUCUGCAGCUGGUCCGAUUGCCUCUUCCACUUCUGCACCUCCUGCCUGUGUUCCUACCACGGCUCCAGAGACUGUGCUCAUCUGAGCACUAAAAACAGGAGCAGGAAGGACGUUCUGCCUGGCAGUGCCCAGAGCAAGCGCAACGUGAGGAGAUUGUGA